GGCCCCUGCGUAAGACGGGUGCCGUGACAGGCCGGCCAGUGAAGCGCCGCCGGGGGAGGCCGCGACGGAGCUCCAAGACUGGCCAUGGGCUGAGCCACGUCCUCGCCGAGCAGUGAAAGUGACCCUUCUGCGCCCCACCCAUCGGAAAACAUGCCUGGGUGACUCCCUCCCAGAUCUUCCUUGUGGCCUUCCUCACCCUCUGUAGUGACACUAUGCAACCCCAUUGUGACCUGCGAGGCCUCUGGCUCCUGCUGCUGUCCUUGUUCCUGAUCCUCUUUGAGGUGUCCAGAGCUGGCCGACCUGUGGUUAGCUGUCCUGCUGCCUGCCUGUGUGCCAGCAACAUCCUCAGCUGCUCCAAACAGCAACUGCCCAAUGUGCCCCAUUCCUUACCCAGCUACACAGCACUACUGGACCUCAGCCACAACAACCUGAGCCGCCUGCGAGCUGAGUGGACCCCCACACGACUGAUCCACCUGCAUUCCCUGCUGCUGAGCCACAAUCACCUGAACUUCAUCUCCUCUGAGGCCUUCUCCCCAGUACCCAACCUGCGCUACUUAGACCUCUCCUCCAACCAGCUGCGAACGCUAGACGAGUUUCUCUUCACUGAACUGCAAGCACUGGAGGUUCUGCUGCUCUACAAUAACCAUAUCAUGGCGGUGGACCGCUUUGCCUUCGAUGACAUGGCCCAGCUCCAGAAACUCUACUUGAGCCAGAACCAGAUCUCCCGUUUCCCUCUGGAACUGGUCAAUGAAAGAGCCAAGCGACCCAAACUAACACUCUUGGAUCUGUCCUCCAACAAACUGAAGACCUUGCCACUGAGUGACCUGCAGAAGCUGCCAGCAUGGAUCAAGAAUGGACUGUACCUACAUAACAAUCCCCUGGAAUGCACCUGCAAGCUUUACCAGCUCUUUUCACAUUGGCAGUACCGGCAGCUGAGCUCUGUGAUGGACUUUCAGGAGGAUCUGUACUGUGUGCGCUCCAAGGAGCUGCACAAUGUCUUCAACCUGAGUUUCCUCAACUGCAGCGAGUACAAGGAGAGUGCCUGGGAGGCUCACCUGGGUGACACCUUCACUAUCAACUGUGACACCAAGCAGCAGAGAAUGACUAAGGUGUGGGUAACACCAAGCAAUGAACGAGUGCUAGAGGAGGUGGCCAAUGGCACAGUGAGAGUGAGAGUCAAAGAUGGCAAUCUACAAUUCGAGAAGGUGCAGGUUGAAGAUGGGGGUGUGUAUACCUGCUAUGCUAUGGGGGAGACAUUCAAUGAGACACUGUCUGUGGAGUUGAAAGUAUACAACUUCACCAUGCAUGGACACCAUGACACUCUCAACACAGCUUAUACCACCCUAGUGGGUUGUAUCCUCAGUGUGGUCCUGGUUCUCAUAUACCUGUAUCUUACCCCUUGCCGUUGCUGGUGCCGGGGUGUAGAGAAGCCUUCCAGCCAUCAAGGUGACAGCCUCAGCUCUUCCAUGCUUAGUACCACACCCAACCAUGAUCCUAUGGCUGGUGGGGACAAAGAUGAUGGUUUUGACCGGCGGGUGGCCUUCCUGGAACCUGCUGGACCUGGGCAAGGUCAGAACGGCAAGCUCAAGCCAGGUAACACCCUGCCGGUGCCUGAGGCAACAGGCAAGGGCCAACGAAGGAUGUCAGAUCCAGAAUCUGUCAGCUCAGUCUUCUCUGAUACACCCAUUGUGGUGUGAGCAGGAUAGGUUGGUGGGGAGAUUCUGCCCCAGAAGAGGUAAUGCACCCCUGAAGGAUAUGAGGGGAUGGAAGAGAGGGCUGGCUGCCCAAGGGAGUGGGUUCUUCCUGACCUCCAGGGACUUGGUCAUGGGCACAACAGCAGGCAAGAUCCCACUGAGGGUGUGGCUGCCACGAGUUUCAAAUAUGGAUAUAUUAAUCCUCAGGCAGAUGCUACACCCCUACCCAAAGCCCUGGCAAUUCUCAGUGUAGUAGAGGAAGAGGAGCAUGUCUGAGAUGGAUGAGAACGAGGAAGGAGGUAAAGGGAAGAGCAAAUUCCCCAAAUUUUUUUGAGGUCAUCCCUAGCUCCUUAAAGGAAAAUCAUUUGAAAACAGUUUUGUUUUUUUUUUGUCUCUGCCCACCCACACCUGUGAAGUUGUGUGUGUUGGGAGAGCCUCCACAGGAGCCAUGUUGGAAAAGCUGCAGUAUCUUUUUUGGUCAGGAAGUUACACUUCACAGCUGGGGAAUUGAAAAUCUUUGGAAAAUGAGUCAGGAAAACCUGAGGCUUCGAUCAAUAAUGCUCCGUAAAGUUGCUGUGAGACUUUCCACUAUCUUCUUUCGCAGUGAGCCCUGGGUAGAUGGAUCUUAGCAGGAGCCUGGCCUGUUGCCUGUUAUGGCAGCAUGUAGGAUGUGGUGUCUGUGCCUUGUAGUGGGACCAGUGGCGUAGUUAUAGCAUAAAUUGAAAGGCUCCCAUCACAGAAUAGCUGUUAGCAUAAAACUUGUAGAUGAGGGUUACUCCAGAGAGGCUAAUUCCCUGGUUGGAGAAACCCUUGGUUAACAUUUGAUUCCCAGCAUUUAUGUGUCAGACCAGAGUGAAUUGCUGAAAGGCAGAACUUUAACAGAUACCUCCUGUAGAUGUGGUAUGUUGGCCCACUCUCCAGAAGGAUGAGGGUAAAUCAGCUUCUGUGAUGUAGCAGCAAGCUGAACCUACCUGAUAAAAUUUUUUGUGUAUGCCAUCUUUUCAGUCUUCUUAUCAAAGCUAAGGUGGGAUUCUGAGUUUUCUUAAUGUGCUACUUUGCAAAGAGAAGAGUUUAGGAAAGUCUGGCCCCAGCUGGGUUAGACUGGUGUGGAGAUUGAGAGACCUGGUAGGUAUCUCCUCUAUGUUGACAAGGCUGCCUCGCUCCUCUCUCAAGAGAUCUCACUCUUGCUGCAAAGCCAAAGCUUUUUGGGAUUUUGUCAUCUCAAGGGUUGAAAUUGGGUGGUCUCUUUCUCAGAACUGAAGUUUGGAGUGCAGCUUAGAGUUCUAUCCUCUGUAAAGCUCAAGGCAAUCCAGUAGCAGAGGCAACCAAUGACAGAACACUCAGAUGGAAAGUUCUGGCACUCCAUUUCUCAGCCAGAGGUCUGUACGGUUGUGGUUGUUAGGCCAGAGGAACAUAAGAACAUUAGUUCCCAGCCAGAAUCAUAGAAUACUUUGGGUAUGAAGAUGACUGCUCCCUUUAACUUCUCCCUGUAACUGUAGUACAGGUCUGAGAGGUGGUAGCUCUGAGCUUUGGAAGAGGGAUGAGCAGGGCAAAGAUAAAAAUCUUCUUUGAUGUUGGUCCUUUUUAGUGUCUCUUAUCGCCUAUGUUUCCUGUCUCUUGAAAGUUCUCCAGGUCCUUUAGUUUUUUUUGUUUGUUUUUGUUUUUAUAUCUUCCUUUUAGUUCUAAGAGGUGUCAUUUACCUGUGGGUGAGGACUGCUUGCUAGGAGGGCCCAUUAAGAUUGGGGAAGGGACUUAGAGGUCAACAUCUUCCCCUUAUCUGUCCCUGGGAUCUCAAGGCUGCUGUCCAUCUUUUAUUAGUAACCUAGUUUUGUCAAGAGAGAGGUGCAGCAAUUUCCCCCAAGUAGUUGCAUGUUCAUAGGUAUGCAUGCUUAUAAGUAUGCAUGCACACCAGCACCUUGACCUCCAGGACAAUGGAUCUGUAGUCCCCAUUAAUGCCACUUCCAGUACAGUCUCUCACUUUGUGCACAAUUUCAUGCACACAGUUUUCUUGUGCUGUAGGAGAGACAGUGACCAUGCCAGGCUUUUCAGAUACACAAACUAUUGUACUUUAAUUUCUGAAUUUCCUGAAACCUCACAUCUCCAUGACUCUGAAUUACUUCUCUGCAAAAGCUAGAAUUAUAAGACCAUGGGUUGAAGAUCUUGGGAGAAGGGGUUGUGAGGCCCUAGGUAUUUCUUCAGUCUCCUGAGAAACCUUCCUUAAAGACUACAUAUACACAAUACUAAGAACUAGGACAGUGAAGGACCCAGAAGAAAACUAGCAGGAGCAGAGCAGCUAUGAAUUGAUCUUAAUGUUAACUGCUGUAAUAAGACAAGUAGGAAGAAAACAUUUUUUGGCUAUACCUUUGAGACUUAACGAGGAUUUUGUUACCAGAGCAAUAGGUAGCAGGACUCCCUCCUCAGACUUAGUUAGAAACAUGGGAAAAUAUUUUUUCAUGCUGCAGUUUUCCUUCUUGGUACUACCCUUUGCUCUGAAACUCUUACAGUGAAAAUCAAAUGAAGCAAUCCUUCUGAGGCAUUCUAGCUGAGUUUCCCAGGUCUAGGAGGGCCAUUUUCUUCGGGAGUCCUACCUUGAAGCUCUAAGCCUCCCUACUGUAUCCAUUAGUUUGAGAUACCUUGAAGAUGUGCCUGCCUGCCCCACUAAGAGGUUUAUCUUAUUAGCUUCUUCCCAUGGUUUCAGUUGAUAAAACCCAAAGGUAGCUUUCUACUUGGGGGACUGAAUACUCACCAGGAGCAUGCAAUUCAGCAAGCUCUCUAGAACCUGGGUAGAAAACUACCAGAUGUGGUUAUAAGACAAGGCUGAGAGAUCACCCCCCCCCACCCUACCCUGCACCCAUAAGCCAGACAUAUCUCCCAGGAAGCAGGUGUCCUUGGAGACAAGAAUAUGACAGCACUCUACAAUCUGUCCAUGUAAUUAUUUAUGAUCGUUUCUUCUUUGCUUGUAUGUAUUAGGUCCCUGAGAAGGGGCCAGGAGAGAGUUCAUCUCAGCUGGGGAGAGCAAAGCCAACUGAUUCCAGUUUUGUGUGUGUUCUUACCUCCAUAUGUCCUCCUGUGUCUAGGACCCUGUCCCUGCCACUUGUGUACACCCAGGCUGACAGAUCUCAGAGCAUCUGGGCUCUGAAAACUAGAUAAUGACCAUUAAACCUGGCUUGAGUCUCUGU